AUGCGGAAACCGUUGCAACAGCGUGUGGGCACGCUAGGUCGACGGGCACGCAAGUCUGCCUUCCGACUCCCCUCGAACUCCGCUGUCCCAAUCCCCUCGAACCCGGCCAUCUCUGCACAAGCCCGCGUGCUCGCGUCGCUGACACGUCUCGCCUCCUUCUCCGCACCUGCGUUUAUCGCUGCGGGCGCACUGUCCGCCGGCACACAGUCCGCUCCUCGCGGUUUCCCAGACCCCGUGAAGCCUCACCACACCCCACCACGCCUCCCCGCACCCUUCCUCGACCUCCCUCGACACGUGCAGGCCCACCGUAGUCAACGACGACGCCGCCGUAGUCGCACCGGCCACCUCGGUGCAACAACAGCAUGCAGCAGCCUCCUCGCGGUUACCCAGGCCCCGACGAAGAUCCCCACACUUCCCAGCACCCUCGUCGCGUUCGCCCACUGCGGUGAGCGACCGCACCCCGGUCGUCGCGCCGGCCACCGCGGUGCCACAACGGCGCCAAGCCCCUCCUCGCGGCCUCCAUCCCCCCGACGAGGGCCCUCAUCGCCUCUCAGGACCCUCGCCCUACCCUCGUCGACGCGAGUUCGCCCUCUGCGGUGA